UUAUAGUCCCUCCCGGUCUGCUGCACCAAUCUAUCUGGUCCCAAUGGCGUGCCGUAUUAAAUUCUCUCUCCGGUGUUCUUCCUCCGAAACGCCGCGUUUUGGUUCCACUUGUCGCCUCCAAAACCCUAGCUCCCCUCUCCUACUUAAUCUCACUCACUCCUUUUCUUCUUCUUCGAAUCCCAAAAAGAUCUCGUAUUCAGGUACGCGGCGGCGCAGCCUCGUUGCGGUGAAGUCUGAGAUGGCCACGGAGGAGAAAGCGGCUUCCGGGAACAGAAUGCUUGUUUUCGUGCCGCCGCACCCGUUGAUCAAGCAUUGGGUUUCGGUUUUGAGAAAUGAGCAAACCCCUUCUCCAAUUUUUCGAAAUGCCAUGGCUGAGUUGGGGAGGCUUCUUAUGUAUGAAGCUUCAAGAGAUUGGCUGCCUACGGUCACAGGAGAGAUUCAGUCACCAAUGGGUGUUGCAUCAGUUGAAUUCAUAGAUCCAAGGGAGCCUAUUUUGGUUGUUCCAAUUUUGAGAGCUGGUCUAGCACUUGCAGAACAUGCAUCGUCAAUCUUGCCUGCCACAAAGACGUACCAUCUUGGGUUAAGCAGAGAUGAGGAGACACUUCUACCAACAGUAUAUCUGAACAAGUUACCGGACAAAUUUCCAGAAGGCUCUCGAGUAUUUUUGGUUGAUCCUAUGCUAGCAACAGGUGGCACAAUAGUAGCAUCUUUGGAUCUUUUAAAGGAACGCGGGGUUGACAACAAGCAAAUCAAAGUGAUAUCUGCUGUAGCUGCGCCUCCUGCACUUCAAAAGCUGAGCGAGAAGUUUCCAGGGCUUCAUGUGUACACUGGAAUUAUAGAUCCUAUUGUAAAUGAAAAAGGGUUUAUAGUCCCUGGACUGGGUGAUGCUGGAGACCGCAGCUUCGGUACAUAAGUCAUUGCUCAAGUGUGCGGUGGACAUCUGGUUUUUAGUUUUUACUCCUGCAGUUUUGGAUGUUGAGCUUAUUAAAAGGAAUGGUUUCUUGAUCUCAAGGUAAACUUAAUCAGAAAAGUAAAUGAUACAGCAGUGGCAGAAAGCGUGACUGCGAUUAUUGUAGGAUUUAUCUGAAAAGUAAUGUAUGAUUUAUCCACCCAAAUGAGGGUCUUGUGAGGCAUGACAUUGCCUGAUUUAUCCACCCAAAUGAGGGUGUUGUGAGGCAUGACAUUGCCUUUUAUUUUAUAACGAGGGAUAAAGAAUGUUUGA